ACUUAGUACGUGAGCCUGGCUCACCUUCUUCCGCAUCCUGCAGAGAUGAUGAGCCCAUAUUUUCAAAAUCAGUCGUGUGAUCCAUUCACCCCUUUAUCUCAAGCUUGCGAGCUUGGCAACUACGCAUCAUACUCCAUCAAUGUCACUUGCGUCUAUGACGCUGUAGCAGGUGUGCAUUUUACCCGAGAGAAUAACAUACGGCUGGUCAUGAAAACAACAGGUCAUGAUUAUAUAGGAAGAUCAACUGGACCGGGAUCGCUGUCACUUUGGAUGUGGCAUUUGAAAACAGCAGAUCCCAUCUACGACUAUCAGAGCUCAUGGUAUUCCGGGCCAGCCAUCAAGAUUGGAGCAGGCAUGACUGCUGCAGAAGUGUACGCGGCUGUUGUCGCUAUAGGUUACAGAGUCGUGGGUGGUGAGUGCCCCACCGUUGCCAUUGCGGGCGGCUACAGUCAAGGUGGUGGCCACUCGAUGCUGAGCACGGCGUAUGGAAUGGCUUCCGAUCAGGUCCUGGAGUGGGAGGUGAUCACUGCAGACGGCGAGCACCUGAUAGCAACCCCAGAGAAGAACACGGACCUUUACUGGGCACUUAGUGGUGGUGGAGCAGGCAACUACGCUGUAGUUUUGAGCAUGACCGCCAGGAUGUACCCAGACGGUCCUGUGGGAGGCGCCUCGUUGAGAUUGGCCAAUACCAAUGAGACGGCCUACUGGGAAGCAGUUUCGCAGUGGCUCCAGCUUUCGCCUGGAUUCGUUGGCACCAGCAACACCCUCAUAUUCAUGAUACUCAACUCCGUCUUCGAGGCCUUCGCUAUCACGCUGCCAGAUCAGCCUUCUUCCAACGUGUACACCCUGCUAGCUCCGUACACUAGCAAACUGAAAGAGCUAGGGAUCGAGUACAAUUUGACGACUACCGACUCGGACAAUUACUAUGAUCACUUCAACACUUACCUCGGCCCGCUGCCUUAUGGCUUCUCACCGCCCUACACCACUCUCAUAAGUCGGCUUAUACCAAAAUCAGUUGUCUCAGAUGCAAAAGCCACAGAUGCAGUGGUUGAUGUCGUUCGACAGAUCGUCAGCGAUGGCGUUUUCCUGGUGGGGUGCGAAGUUCUCGACGUGCAAAACACAAGCCACCCUGACAACGCUGUACAAGCGACCUGGCGCGAAGCUGCCAUUGGAUGCACGAUGAACUCGUAUUGGAAUUUCACAGCUCCGUUGGAGUCUAACUUGGCUGUGAAGCAGAAGAUGGUGGAUACCCAUGUACCUGCCUUGGAGGCCGUCACACCUGGAGGUGGCGUCUACAUGAACGAGAUGGACAUUUGGUAUCAGGGAGACUGGAAAGCAAACAUUUAUGGAGACAAAUAUGCACGGCUGCUGGAUAUCAAGCACAAAUGGGAUCCGUCUCACCUCUUCUGGGGUGCAUUCGCCGUUGGAAGCGACGAAAUGGCGCUUGAUUCAAACGGCCGGCUAUGUAAUUAAUUCAUCUUUGUGGCCUCCUUAAGUGUAACUAUAUACUUAAGUGUAUUCUCUAAUGCUUUAUCCAAGGUCAUAGAGGUCUUGACCUAAUCAAAAACCAUUAACUUAUGCUCAAGACGGGUCUCAUGUACAGUAACCUGGUGGUAAUGUACGUAUAUACUAUGUACUUGAAUACGUGCGCAGAAAAAAAAAUAGAUCUCCCAACAGGUUUUCUCUACAAUGAAACACCCUUGACGACCCAAGAACCAUUCAUUGAACUCACUGAAAAGGGAUCGUUUUCAUUUGGAG